AAGAUGAAGUGUAUGUUUUCAGUUUUCCUUCUUUUAUUAGUGUACUGAUAUCUCUCACAAAUUUGUCCCCUGCACCUUUCUUCAUUUUCUCACCAUACGGCAAACCCCUCUAAUUCAGAAUUUUUUGAUUCUCUAUGUUUCAGUUUCUUCACUUUCUCAUCUCGUUCUGCUGCCGACCAACCCUCUCUAACGCUCAAGUAUAAUGCUCCUGUGGAAGUAGGCGUGUUAGGCUAAGCUGGGAGCCCUGUUAUUGAGUUUUGAUUGGCUGAAUAUAAAGUUGGUUGCUGGAUAUCUUUCUCUACAUAUUGUUCAUUUGGCUUCUGUUAAGUAGUAGUAGGCCAUAUGGGUUCACGGUUUCCAUCUCAUAAGUUGAGUAAUGGCCUUUAUGUGUCGGGCCGGCCUGAGCAGCCAAAAGAAAGAACUCCCACAAUGAGCUCAGUUGCCAUGCCAUACACUGGUGGUGAUAUCAAAAAGUCUGGAGAACUUGGUAAAAUGUUUAUACCUAUGGAUGGCUCCAGAUCUAGAAAAUCUGGUCCCAUUAACAGUGCUCCUUCAAGGACAGGAUCUUUUGGUGGUUCUGCAUCUCUAUCGGGGCAAUUAAAUUCUAGCAAUCGGGUGGGUUCUCUUUCAUCUGGUGGCAUUCCUGCAUCUGCUUCUUUGAAGAAGACCAAUUCUGGUCCUCUUAAUAAACAUGGAGAGCCAUUGAAAAAGUCAUCUGGUCCUCAAGGUGGAGGUGGAGCUGCUGUUUCCCGCCAAAAUUCUGGUCCUAUUCCUCCAGUUCUUCCGACAACGGGCCUCAUUACAUCUGGACCUAUUACUUCAGGCCCACUGAAUUCUGCAGGGGCUCCUCGGAAGGCAUCUGGUCCUUUGGAGUCUACAGGAUCAAUGAAACGGCACAAUGCUAUAGUCAACAACCAGGCUGUUACACGUCUUAGCUCUGAUGAUGAGUAUUCUUUCCGCAAGAGCUUCCCGAAGGCAAUCCUUUGGUCCAUCAUACUUCUAUUCAUGAUGGGAUUUAUUGCUGGUGGUUUCAUACUUGGGGCUGUUCACAACCCCAUUCUUCUUGUUGUCGUUGUUGUACUUUUUGCUGCUGUGGCUACAGUGUUUACCUGGAAUACUUGUUGGGGAAGAAGAGCUAUUACUGGUUUCAUAGCUAGUUAUCCAGAUGCCGAGUUAAGAACUGCAAAAGACGGCCAAUUUGUCAAAGUUUCUGGGGUUGUGACAUGUGGAAAUGUUCCUCUUGAAUCAUCAUUCCAAAAGGUUCCAAGAUGUGUUUAUACAUCCUCAAGUUUGUACGAGUACCGGGGAUGGGAUUCAAAAGCUGCAAACCCAACGCAUCGUCGUUUUACCUGGGGUCUUCGUGCAUUAGAGGUGAGACAGGAUCAGCAUUGAUGUGUUUAUCUUGAUCUAUCCUGUUUGAGAUAAGUAUGCCUGCAUUGGAUGCAUUAGGUUUUUAUUUGGAAAGAUAUCAUGACUUAUCAUGCUUCUACAUGUUCUCUUUAUUUAUAAUGACACAGGUCAGGUAAGAUAUCUUCCUCCCAAUGCACCCUCCAUUUCUCUCAUAUACACAGGGAAAACUUUUAUGUAUAAUCUCUUGGAUAUUUCCAGAUUCCGACUCAGCUUUUGUAAAAGUUUAAACAUAAGUUGUCAAAUGAUGUAACAGCCAGGUUCAUGUGUACUGCAUUCCCUGUCUCAGUGUUGACAAUACGGGAGAAUACAGUUUGAGAAACCUCAAGUAAAAACAUUUAACCGUGUAAGACGUUGGUGCGGAAGCAGAAUUAAAACUCUCGGAACAAGAAGAAAGUUGAAAAACUCGAAAAUUUAUAAAGAAUAAUUAAUUCUAAUGAAUUGGUUAUUUCGAAGGGCCCAACCCCUUCUCAUAUAGGCAAAGGAGGAACUAAACUCUUAAUCCUAACGGUGUAAGGAAAAAUAUCAUAAAAGAAAAGAAACUAAAAACUUAAAUGAAGUAGAAAUAAGAAACCUAAAAGAAUUAAAAGAAAGAAAAGUCCUAAUUUAAACUAGAAACAAAAUCCUACUAUAAUAAAUAAUUAAUAUCCUAUUUGGAAAACUCCAUCCUUAAGUUUGGUUGAAGAAGAAAAAAUUUAUCAAUUUGGA